AUGGCCGGCGAGAGCCGCCUCCCCAUCUGCUCAGACUCGCAGGAGCCAGGGAAGGAGGUGGAGGCUGACAAGCCCACAGCUAGUCCCCCAGCAAGCCAUGCUCCCCCAAAGACACCUGCGCGGACAGCCGCCAAGAGGAAAACAUCCCUGACAUCGGAUCUUCCCCUGCCACUACCACUGCCCCGGCCUGUACCCUGGGGUCGAGACAUUGCAGCUCUUCCCAGCACUGGGAAUGCCACUGGGGCCCACAGCCUGAGAGCAGACUCAUCAAAUCCUAAAGAGGGACUGACCCCUAAAAUCCCCCGUGGCUGUUUGUCUGCCCCUACUGACUCUGCUCCUCAUAAUACCCCUGCUGCUAAUUUGGGGGUUCGAAAGGUUUUUGUCACACUUGCCCCCAGGGUAUCUUCUCGUGUGGCCACUCGAAUGGCUACACAUGAUGAUAUUGUUGACAUGGAUACAACACCACCUUCAGAGGCAGUAAUUUUUACAUCUCCCCUAGUUUCCAGCAACAACUCCUAUACAUCUUCCCAGGCCUCCUGUAGCCUGCAGCAGGGGCACAUUCUGAGUGGGCCAGUACCUACCAUCCCACCUACACCCCACCCCUAUCCAUCCCCCCAGGUCCCCUACAUCCUGUGUCAGGGGCAUCUUCCAAAUGGACCAGUCCCCACAAACCUCCCUCCACCCCAACCUUAUCCUUUUCCUCCAGUCCCGUGUAGUCUGGAUCAGGGACAGCUGAUGAUGAGGCCAGUUCCCACUAACCCACCUCUGCCUAUGGUCCCCUAUCAACACUUUGUACCUCAGACCAAUGUCAUCCCUAAAGUGCCCCAGCACAGUGUGCCUAUCCCCCUGUCUACAGUUCCUUCUGUCCCUUCCAACAUGGGCUCAGUCACCGUCCCUGUUUCUGGAGGCAAUGCUUCCUUACCAGCUAAAUCACCCACGGAUGAUGAUAGUGCUAUGGAUACAACACCUCCUUCACAGGCAUCAAUUUUUCAAUCUCCUGUAUCAAUGAACAACCACCCUGCAUUGAACCAGAUGCCUCCUGCUUCUAAUAACCAGCCACAUAUGCAACUACCCAGACAUACCACCAUGCAAUCCAUCACAUCAUCGUCCUCUGCAGUGAACCCUGCAGUCAUCACCCCACAAGCCUCUUCUACAAACUCUCAGAGUGCUGUGUACACUGCCACACCUACAACGGAUAGCAUGAAAAUCCCCACGUUGACAGCUGCCCAUGUCAGUUGCUCAGUCAACACAAACCCAGAGGCCUUCUCCCAGGAGCUGCAGAACGGGGAGCAGUGGGGCUACACAGAAGGCAGACAGGCAGAGGGAGGGGAAUAA